AUGGCCAUGGCCCUCAAUGCCAAGAACAAGGAAGGAUUCAUCAACAAAACCAUUAAAAAGCCUGAGUCGGCAUCCACAAUUGAAUCCCAACAGUGGACUCGUGGCAACAACCUCGUGAAAUCCUGGCUGCUCAACUGUGUCUCCAAAGAUAUCAGAGCAAGUGUCAUCUACAACAAUGUUGCAGUUGAUAUUUGGAAUGAGUUGAAAGAACAAAUCUCUCACACAAAUAGUGUACAUCUCUUCCAUAUCGAACAAGAGAUACAUGGAAGUGUUCAAGGAAAUUUGAACAUUGGUGCAUAUUAUACCAAAUUGAAAAGCUUUUGGGAUGAACAUGAUGCCCUGUGCACUCUCCCAACCUGUGCAUGUGGAGCUGCGAAAGAAUUGAUGCAGUUUCAGCAAAGUCAGAAAACCAUGAAGUUUCUCAUGGGUCUCAAUGAAUCCUACGCUACAGUUCGUGGGCAACUUUUACUUAUGGAUUCUCUCCCUGCUAUCAACAAAAAUUUCUCACUCAUUAUUCAAGAUAAGAAGCAGAGAGCAGUUUCAACACAUGCUUCUGGAAGGUCUUCAGUCACCGAUGCCGCAUAUUUCGCCGUGCAGGACAACCUGCGAAACUCUGGUAGGAUUUUUUCUGACACGCCCCGACCCCGAGGUCCUAGGGACAUCGAGAUGGUCAUGUGCUGGCCGACACCCAAAGGGUGA